ACCACACGCUUGCAUGUUAUGUUCAGUUCAUUCCAUUUUUAUCGUCCGUUGGGAGAGCAUCGUUGUCGCGGCGCAAGCAAAACGAGUGGAGAUUUUGUCAGCCCCCCGUUGAUACAUCUGAGCGCCAACACAGCUUGGAGAUUGUACAAGUGAGAGAGUGCACAACGAUCGCGCGCGUGUGUGUGUGUGCGUGUUGUGUGAAUUUUAUUGCUAAAAAAACACGUGUCCAUCGUAAUUAUUCUGCCUCGUGUUUGUUUAACCGACGACCGUUACUGAAAACGGCAUUGGAAAGUAGGCGACAGUAGUGUGAAAAGAAUUAUUCAACUGCGGUUAACAGCUCCAUGUACAAAGAAACGCGUUGAAGUUGGCGCGACAUAGCAAAUGUGACAACUUUGCACUGUUCUUUAGUGACUCAUUUGUUCGUGGUAAAGGAACACUGUAGAACCAUUUGACUAAAAUCCUGUAGCAGAUAAAAAAAAACUCAAAAUGGCUCUUUCAACUAGUGCUAAUUUCAUUAAAUAUUUGUUAUUCUUAUUUAACUUUUUCUUCGCGAUCACGGGUGUUAUUAUAAUGGCCGUUGGUUUGACAGUUCAGGGAGCAUAUCACAAUUUCCGGGACAUUCUUGAUGCAAAAUUCUUCAGCAUUCCCACCUUCCUGGUGGUGAUCGGAUCGUUCAUCUUUGUUAUUGCCUUUUUCGGGUGCUGUGGUGCCUAUAAGGAGAAUUAUUGCAUGACCCUAACGUUUUCGGUCCUGUUGAUUUUGAUUUUCAUCCUGGAACUGGCAGCCGGAAUCAGUGGGUAUGUGCUGCGUAACGAUACCAGGGAGCUCGUCAAUAAUGCGCUCAAUUCCUCAAUGAAGAGCUAUGGUGCAGAAAAUGGUGGCGAUAUUACAUUGAUUUGGGACGAGAUUCAGGUGGACUUCGAUUGCUGCGGAGUUUAUAACAGUUCGGACUGGUCUCGUGCAAAUUCAGCAAAGUUUAAUGAAACGUUCCUGCCGAUGUCCUGCUGUCGUCAGCAGACGGGUGCCGUCGGAUAUGUGUCUUGUCCGGAUCCCAACAGUGCUACUCUGCGCAAAACUGGAUGUAUCGAUUCUUUCGGCGACUUCAUUAAGGCACACGCUGUGAGCCUAGGUGCCGCCGGGAUAGCGCUGGCAGUUAUUCAGUUCUUUGGAAUCCUUUUCGCUUGUUAUCUGGCUAAGCAGAUUAAGUUGCAAGGUGUAAGUACCUAUUAGGAUCAUUAUCUGUUCGUCACAGAUGUAUAGUUGUGUUUAUUACGGUUACAUUAUGCUUCACAAUAAAGAUGUAUUCACAUGAAAGACAUGCAAAUAAAGAAGGACGAAAAUUA